UGAACAGUUCGUUGAGGCAUAGACCUAUCUUGGUAGUUGUAGUUUCCAUACUAACAUUAUUUCCUUGUAGCUUUCAUGAGGUGGAUUCUGCUCAGCAGAGGGAAGUAGAUAUGAAAAUAGUGUCCAGGAUUGUGUGAAUUUAUGGAAAUAUGUCCAAGAAAAGGGGCAGAAAGCGUAGCAGCGGUGAGCUGAGUGAGAGUUCAGGUUCGUCUCUGUCAUCGACCCCGGACCCUAACAACCUGCUGGGCAUGCGGAUUGAGCACAUCUGGAGGGAGAAGGGCAACCUGACCAAGUGGAAAGGCACAGUGCUGGAGCGUCUCACUGUCAACACCUCCCUCUACAUGGUCAAAUACGACGGAUUCGACUGCGUCUAUGGCAUUGAGCUGUUCAAGGAUGAGCGAGUGUCCAACCUCCAGGUUUUAACAGAGAAAGUUGUAAAUAACAAGAUCAAGGUGCCCCAUGAUGCGCCAGAGCUGGUGGGGAAGGCUGUGGAGCACCUGUUUGAGAAGGAGGAUGGUGAGAAGAACGAGUGGCGGGGCAUGGUGCUGUCUCGCGCCCCCAUCAUGACCAACUGGUACUACAUCACCUAUGAGAAGGACCCUGUGCUCUACAUGUACCAGCUCUGGGACGACUAUAAGGACGGAGACCUCCGCAUCCUCCCUGAAGCAGAGAACAAACACCUACUGCCUGCAGACAGGAAGCCAGGCGAGGAGACAGAGAGCCUUGUGGGUAAGCAGGUGGAGUACGUCACGGAUAAGGGCGUGAAAAGGACGGGGCUGGUUAUCUACCAGGUUCCAGCCAAACCCUCUGUCUACUACAUCAAAUACGACGAUGACUUCCACAUCCACGUCUACGACCUGGUCAAAACCACCUAGAAUACAACUCUACCCGGUCAAAGCCCCCUAGAAAGGACUAGGCCCCCCUGCCUCCGACCCUCACACCUGUACACUCAUCUUAGGUUGAGGCCUAUUUCAACUCAGUCAAUUCAGGUAGAGAGUUGAAGUUCAGUAUUCACCAAAAUCGAAAUAUUGGGAAACUUAAUUCAUUAUUGGAAUGUCAAUCCAUUUCCUGAAUUGACUGGAUUUAAAUAGAACUCUCUGCAACCAUGACACUACCCUGCCAUUAUUGUGGACAUAUUCCCUGCCCUGUGUCUUGUCCAACGUCAGAAGUUUGCUAAAAGUGUGAACUCUGUGACUCAUAGUGACUAGUGUUUUGUAAACAAUGCAAAGCUUGCAUGGAUUUCCUUUGCUUUUAAGAAACAAGUGAUUAAGCAGUUAUGUUUGAUUUUGUUUGGCUAAGAAGUACUAAUUAUAAAUCGCUCUGGAUGAGAGCGUCUGCUAAAUGACUAAAAUAUAAAUGUAAGGAAGUAGAUAUUAUCAAUGAAAAUGACCUAUGUUGAUGUUCAAAUGUGUUGCUAGAAAAAGUGCAAUAAAAAAAUUAUUUAAUAGAAAUUAUAAACAACUGCCAAGAUUUGACUGCACAUGUCUCAGAAUAGCCAAACACCAGCUGAGGUCAAAUUAUUAGACCUACUAGUUUCAUGAGUACAGAGAAGUCAUGUUUAUUUGAGCCAGACAUUUAAACACUAUUGGCUGUCACUGCAAUACAUUUUGGAUUAUAAUCUACCCUUAGUCAUGGUUGAAUAAUCAAAUAUUUCUGUCACGUUAGAACGCUGUGAAUGUAACUGUACUUGCUUUUGUAAAUACCUGUAUUGUGAGGCAUUCUUGAAAAUACUGCAAAGAUGCUUUGGUAUGAUUUGCUGUUAAAUAAUGCAUGAUUUAGAGAGUGCCACAAUUGUUGGUUCAUUAUUGUUUGUUUCAUUAUGGUGGGUAACCACCCCAGUUGGUAAAGCAGCACAAUAUAUACAAAACGACAGAA